AUGAACAUUGUCACACAUAUCAGACGCGUCCUGGGAAAAUGGCAGCUGAAAAGCCCUGCAGUGUGUUGCCAGGGGAAGAAGUCUUCAUGUACUCCUCCUCCUGCUAAAUAUGGAGGCAGACACACGGUGACUUUGAUCCCUGGUGAUGGUAUUGGACCAGAACUGCUGAACCACGUCAGAGAGCUUUUCAGAUUCUGCUGUGUUCCAGUGGAUUUUGAGGUUGUCAGGGUGGAUUCGUCUGCUUCCUCUGAGGAUGACAUCAAUAAUGCGGUUACUGCAAUCAAACGUAAUGGAGUAGCACUUAAGGGUAACAUAGAGACUAAUCACAACCUUCCUCCAUCUCAUAAAUCCAGGAACAAUUUGCUUCACACAUCUUUAGACCUGUAUGCUAAUGUCAUGCACUGUCAGUCUCUUCCUGGAGUCCCGACCCAUCACAAAGACAUUGAUGUGAUCAUCAUUAGGGAGAAUACAGAAGGAGAGUACAGCAGCUUGGAGCAUGAGAUCCGUAAUGUUCCCGGGGUGGUGGAGAGUCUGAAGAUCAUAACACGUGUGAAUUCAUUGCGGAUCGCUGAGUAUGCCUUUAACUUGGCCAGAGAGAAAGGCCGCCGCAAGGUCACGGCAGUACAUAAAGCUAAUAUCAUGAAACUUGGCGAUGGCCUUUUCUUGCAGUGCUGUAAAGAGGUGGCGGCUGGAUAUCCUGAUAUCACAUUUGAUAAAAUGAUCGUGGACAAUACCACCAUGCAGCUGGUCUCUAAGCCCCAGCAGUUUGACAUGAUGGUGAUGCCUAAUCUCUAUGGAAAUGUGGUGAGCAAUGUGUGUGCUGGACUUGUUAGAGGUCCAGGUCUAGUACCAGGAGCCAACUACGGCAAGGACUACGCUGUUUUUGAGACCGCCACUAGGAACACUGGAAAAAACAUUGCUAACAAGAAUAUUGCAAAUCCCACGGCCACACUGCUGGCCAGCUGCCUGAUGCUGAAUCACUUAAAGCUUCAUGCAUAUGCCAAGAUGAUUCGAAAGGCAGUUCUGAAAACUUUGUCUGAAACUCAGGAAUCAUAAAAUACAUGCUCAUUAUGUCAAACAGCUAUAGAAAUUCAUCUCACCUAAGACGAGCCAUAUCCAUUGCUCACUCUUACCAUACCCUUUUAUCUGCAGUAUUACAUCUCUACUAAACACAUACUGCUUGUAUAGUCAUUUGUUUUCACAUGUCUCGAUAUCCCUGCAGUUGCAGACUGCUGACUUGGGAGGUCAGGGUACUACAUCUGAAGUGGCCCACUCUAUUAUGCAGGAGAUCCAGAGAGGAGGACCACGCACAUCAUAACAGAUCUGAACUUCAUUUCUGCAGGUCCUAGACCCUCACAGAGUACACAGAAACGAUCUAAUGCUUUACAGAAACACAGAACACAUGAAUUCUUUAAUGUAAAGAUGUAAGUUAGUGUGUUGAAAUGGUGUAUAUUUUUCUUUUGUAAUCUAUAUAUCAAGCGGUAUAAAUGUUUCUGAUGUUAUUUAUCCGUUAUGAUCAAGUUAAGACCUUUAUCUGAACUGAACUGGACUGGACUGCUGUGUAUUUUUUUUCAUACCCAACAGUUUCUGUACUGAAGUUUCCAUCUUAUUAAUUUAUUAUUUAUUGCCUGUUGUUAAUUGAUGAUGCACCAAGCACUUUCAUGAAUAAAUGUUCUAAAACUUCAUGCCUCAUCAUAAGAAAUGUUCAAAAUUAAAUAGGCAGUAUGAUGUAUGGACAAACAUUUUC